ACAACAUACUCAUCUGAACUUAUUACUUAUUGAUGAUUAAGAAGGAAACCAUCAUUACUUACCAACUUUUCAAGACUCGUUUCAAGUCAGUUGUCGCGGAAUACGAGAGUUAAGCACUUUUGUGAUGGGUGUUUACAAUACUUUGCUUCAAAUGAAAAAUUAGAAAUUCACAUGGGAACCUAUUGCAAAUAUAUUUCAGUUAAGCUCCCAAAAUUCGAAACGAGAGUUGAUCGACUUGGAAACACGGUAAUGGAUAAUGUACUAAAAUUUGAACAGCAUCACAAACAAUUAAGGCUACCAUUUUGCGUUUAUGCCGACUUUGAAUGCAUUCUAGCUCCGAUAGAAAAUGACUCGAACGAUUCAGAGGAUCACCAAUAUAGUGAUAAGGUGUCGUUAGCAUGCACGGACACUGAUUCGUUAAUAGUACAUGUUGAAGCCGAUAAUUUCUAUGAAGACAUGAAAUCACACAUGCAUUACUUUGAUACAUCCAAUUAUGAUGCUGACAACCCACAUAACAUGCAUCGAACAGCGUCAGAGUUGGGUAAGAUGAAAGACGAAUAUGGUGGCAAGGUACUGUCUGCCUUUUAUGGUACAGGUCCCAAAGCAUAGUGUAUCGAUGCUGUAGAUCAAGUGGCUAAACGAGCCAACGGUAUAUCUAAGGCGAGUGUGAAACAGCAAUUACAUUUGUUACAUUAUAAGGAUAUUGUUGAGGAGAAACGGACAUCUGUGUACUGUACGAUUUAUGUAUUUAAAUCGGAGUUGCACAAUAUAUAUACAAAUUAUAUAAGAAAAGUGGCAUUGACCAGUAUGGAUGAUAAACGUUUCUUGAUAUCAAACUCAACAAAGACAUUAGCUUGGGGUCAUCAAGAUAUUAUCUUUCAUAACAUGUCGGACGAAGAGCGGUCGGACCUCUUGCUGCGCUUAAUGAACGAAGCCAGUGAGUUGACUA